AUGAAACCCGGGAUUUAUGGCUCACUUUUUCCGAAGAUGGAUCUAUCCACAUUGGGAUCUUUACAGCAGGGCACCCUUUUUGCUCUUCUUAUUCUCGGCCAUGCUUUUCCAAUAUUCGCUUUCAUCUCGUUGUUGCGUGCCAUGUCCUUCCGAACUGCCCUGAAAGAUGCUCCAAGCGAAGAAAAGUGUGACCAAGCAGUGUCCCAAAUGCCGAUAGUGCAACUUCAGGAGCAAAUGGGCUGUGAAAAAGAGGAUUCGUUGCCUGCGAAAUUAAUAGACAAGGCAAAGAUCAGAAUGGCAGUGAAAGAAGUUCAAGCAGAUACAGGAUUAUGGAAUGGUCAUGAACUUUCUUCUGCUACAAACCAACGACAUCCUGAUGAGACCCAGCGAGGUUCUCUCGUCGGCGUGAAUAACAAAAAGAAACACAUCGGAGAUUGGAAGGCACACAUUCGAAGCCAAAUUUCUUUGUUCAAGGGCAUGGUACAACGAUCAGCCAAUCAUCUGUCUUGCAGAGAUUCAAUCUGCUGCAAUACUCCAGACGGGAUCAAGUAUAUGGCACUUUGUUUAAUAGCAGGGCUUGUCAUAAUAUACUUCAUCGGCUUCCUCAUUCUUGGUAUCGUGACCGUGGGCCUAUGGUCAAAGUUCGUCCGCCCAGAUAUUCCACGGGAGGAUAAAACCUCCCCUUUUUGGGCAGGGGCAUUUCUUGCUACAUCUGCGCUUUGCAACAACGGGAUGUCCCUCAUCGAUACUAAUAUGGGCCCUUACCAAAAAGAGCCCUUUCCCCUUCUCGCCUGCGGCUUCCUCAUCCUUGCUGGAAAUACCCUUUUCCCCUGCUUACUGCGCUUCCUCAUCUGGGUGUUGAGAACGAUGUUGCCAAAUAAUGAAACUUGGCAGUUGUGGCGACGAACUUUCGAUUUUACUCUCUCCCAACCCCAUAAGGUCUGCGCUUACUUGUACCCCACCUGGCAUACAUGGUUUGUAUUCGGUACAAUCAUUCUGCUUAAUGCCCUCAUGUGGGGUGCGUUCGAGAUUUCUGCUAUUCAUAAUGAGGAGAUUCGCUCUCUUCCAAUCAACUUCCGGGUACUGGAUGGGCUUUUCCAAGCUCUAGCCGUGCGUGGUGGCGGGUUCUCUGUUGUCGCAUUCGAUCGCUUGCCACAGGGAUUGCUCAUUCUAUAUGUCUUCAUGAUGUAUAUUUCUGCCUUCCCUGUCUCGGCCGCCAUCAGCAGCACAGAGGUUGUGGACGACUGGCCGGCGGAGCAGCCUCAAAAAGAAUCCUCUCACCCGCGAUUGGCAAGGUUUCCUCACGGCCGUUUCGUGUACAAACAACUUCGCUCUCAAUUCAGCCACGAUAUCUGGUGGCUCUCCCUUGCUAUCCUCCUCAUAACAAUCAUCGAAUCUGGUCACUUCACAGCUGAACCUUUAGCCUUUUCUACAUUCAACAUUAUUUUCGAAGCUGUGUCUGCAUACAGCUGCGUCGGUGUAAGUAUUGGUUAUCCCGGCCAGAGUUACGCUUUUUGCGGUGCAUGGCAUACACUUAGCAAGUUAUUGCUUAUCGCAGUUUCAUUGCGAGGAAGACAUCGUGGUCUGUGCGCCAUUGUUAAUGCCGAUCCUUCUCUUCAACCACGGGGUAUCAGUGGAACACAGAAGAUACAGCCAGAGAAGGAUCGGUAUGCAAAUAUCAGCGAAACUUCACUUGGUUGCGUUUGA